AUGGAGAUUAUUGCACCUGCUGACGCAACCUCCUCCAGCCCUCAUCCACUCAUCUCCUCGCCAUGCGCGCGCGAACCCCCCGCCACUCCCGAAUCGGACGAUAGCGAGUCCUCCCAAGGCCUCCCCGUAGCCCCGAAGAGAAGACGACUCGAACCCACCAACAGAUCUAUGAGAAGGAAGCAAGCAACCCCACGCCGUAGACAGGACCCCCGUAUCUUCCAAGCCAACGUGGGCAAAAGCGGCCCAUCACACGACUGUGCCCUCGCACUGGCCGACGCAGAGCGAUUCGACCUGAUACUGCUACAGGAGCCCUGGACUGAUGUCAAAGAUGGCCGAUGCCUCACCAAGACUCAUCCCGCCUAUGACGCAUUCUCCUCGGUGGACUACUGGGACGGCCCCAGCACGCGGCCCCGGGUUAUGACAUACCUUCGACGCAGCCCUACGUUGUUGGCUGACCAACUCCGGCCCUCACCGUCAAGGGACAUGUUGUGGCUACACGUUGAUGAUACUACCUUUGUGAAUGUCUAUCGACAACCUGGCGUCCACGAGACUCUCGACCUUCUCGUACAGUGGCCAAUUCCCGGUCGAUGUGUAGUUGUCGGAGACUUCAACGCCAGACACUAUUCCUGGCAAGCGGGAGACACGACCGGUCGCGGCAACGACAUCGCGACGUGGGCAACACGGAAUGACCUGUCCCUCCUCAAUCCACCCAACAAGCCCGACCAACCGGUACGGCAACACCAUCGAUCUCGCCUUCUCAAACAUUCCUCGUGCGGAGGCCACGGUGGAGGACCAUCUGGCCACAAGCUCGGAUCAUUUCACGCUGAGCUUGACCAUCCCAUCCAUGCAUCACACCCCUCGUCUGCUCGGCAAGAUCCGGGUCACGUCGGACGACGAACUCAAACGAACUCAAACGCUUCGUCAGCGGCCAGCAGGGCCGGGCACCUCACCAGGAAAAGGGCACGGGCCGCGCCAUGGUGGAAUGACAAGUGUGCACUGGCUGCUGCCGGGCAUAGAUCUAUGAGACGCAUCUACCCUCUGGGGUAUGGCAAUGAAGCGCGGCUCGCUAGGAAGAGGCUCCAACGGGUAGUCCGCGAUACCGAACGCUUAUUCUGGCAAGCACUAGUUGACAAAGUGUCAAGCAAUGAAGACAUAUUCAAGAUCACACGAUGGACUAAGGCCCGAAGCCCUUUCCAGCCGCCCCCACUACAAACAAUGACCGAGAAGGCUACGGCUCUUCGCCAGGCAACUCUCGAGAGAAGAGCAUCUGGUGACGACAUAGAGAAUCCCUGGAGGAAGCACGGAAACACAUCCCCUGGCUCUGAUCACAUCACUGUAAAGCUGCUGCGAGCCGCGUGGCCAGCCGCGUGGCCAGCAGUUGGGAACCUGGUGCGGGAGCUCUAUGAAGUGUGUCUGACGCUGGGGCACCACCCGAAAGACUUCAAGGAGGCUGAGGUUGUCAUGAUCACGAAGCCCGGCAAGAGAGACCUCACGUCGCCCCGGGCUUGGCGGCCUAUGUCCCUCCUCUCUUGGCUCGGGAAGGGACUGGAACGACUGGUGGCGCGCAGACUCACCUGGGCCGCUGUGCACUAUGCUGUGCUACACCGUCAGCAAGCCGGAGCGCUUCCCAAAAGGUCGGCGGUAGAUCUGGUCGCUACUCUGGUACACGAUAUCGAAGUUGCCUUUUCACAAAGAAAGGUUGCCACCCUUGUCACAAUGGACAUUCAAGGUGCAUUUGACACGGUCAUGAGAAACAGGCUCAUCCUCCGCCUCCGCCAGCAGGGCUGGCUCCUACCGCUCAUGAAGUGGGCCGCCUCCUUCAUGUCAAACAGAGCAGCCCGCGUCCGGUAUCAAGAUAUCACGACCGAGAAUGCACCCCUACUAUGCGGACUCCCACAGGGUUCGCCAGCAUCUCCGAUCCUCUUCCUUCUCUGUACCGAGCCCAUUUACAAGCUAGGCUUCCAGCUAGGACGGUUUGGCUACGCGGACGACACCGCCAUCCUCGGGACCGGCCGGACUCUGAGAGAGACAGCAAAGCUCGCGACAGCUGAUGUGCGGGAACUCAUCUCCUGGGGUGCGGCGAAUGGCAUCACCUUUGACCCCGAAAAGACAGAAGUGAUGCACUUCAGCCACAAGAAGGACGACACGAGCCCGUCGGUAACACACGGCGGUAUUGCCAAGGUUCCAGCAGAAGCGAUCCGCUGGUUAGGGAUCUGGCUGGACAAGAAGCUGACCUUCCGGACACACAUCGAGAAGUGGGCGGCUAAGGUGAAAAAGGUGGCAGGCCACCUACACGGCCUCUGCAAUACGAAGCAUGGCCCUCUCCCGGCCGCAAUUCAGCACUUGGUCGACAAGCUCGACCCCGUCCUCCGCCGGGCUAUUCGGGCCAUCCUCCCCGUGUGGAAGACCACGCCGGUUCCGAUAUACCAUCAGGAGAGCGGUAUCCCUCCCGUGCCCUUGCUUCUUGAGCCCCGACGCAUUCGAUUUGCAGCACGCCUGAAAUCCCUGGACUUGGCCCAUCCGCUGGCCCAGCGUACAGACCUGACACCGAUCGUACGCGCCGUCAAACGGUCCUGCCAAGUCAGAGGAGGCGGCUUUAAGACUCGACUGGAGCGGACGGCCUUGCUCCUUCCCGAUUGUCCCCGACCGACCCUGGUCCAAGCCGGUGACACAGCAGCCACGGCUCUCCAGACGAAGAAUAAAGAUGAGUCGGCGGCAGAUUUUCUCAGGUGGCUCGAGGGAAUCCCUCCCGACGAGCCCGUCGUCUACUCAGACGGCUCCCAGCUCCCAGGCGGUGCCACAGGAUAUGGAUAUGUAGUCCACCAAAACAGCGCGCUCGAAGGCCUCCGCGCUGCCGUCAAGAUCCCCGACGCAUCGGACAACACGAUCGUGGUCUGCUUAGACAAUCUAGCUGCGGCCACGUGCCUCCGAGGCACAGCAUCGGAUUCAUCCCAACCAGCCUUCCUCAAGUUCCAAGAGAUCACCGCCGCACAUGGCUCCAUCCACGUUCGCUGGAUACCGGGCCACACCGACAUCCCGGGCAACGAACAAGCCGACUCACUCGCGAAGGCAGGCUGUGCCCUCCCAGAACCUCCAGACGCCAAACCAACCCUCGCGUACAUCCGCAGGGUGGCCAAGAAACAAACCAAGGAAGCCUUCCAGGCGUGGUGGCAAGAACAUAUGCCGGAGAAGUACAAAGAGCUGAAGCUCAAAGCAACCACAUGA